AUGAUACUCGGUCUUGCCAUCACUGCCCUUGCUUUCGUAGUGAUUUUGAUAUCGUGGAUUUACAAAAGAUUUUUCGAGGUAAGUUUUUUUUCCUCAAAAUCGGUUUUUCCGAAGAGCAAAGCCGACGGUGUCCGAUUCUUGCACGAUGCGCGCGAGCCGUUUCACGCUCUCUUGAUUGCAAAUGAACUCUUGACCUACGCAAAAUACGGGCUAUUUUUUAGCGUAAGUUUUAAUGUGUUAUGCGUGAAUCAUGUUUACCAAUAUCUUAUAUGUCUUUCUAUUAAAAUUUGUGGUCACUAACAUUCUCAAAACGUAUUGCUUUUCCUCCAGUAACCGUUGUCAAUGCACGUUGAAAAAAAAAAUCGAGCCCAUGAAUAAGAAAAAUAACUGGAAAGCUUGCUCAGAGGCUAUAAACUGAACAACUUAAGUUUUGGAAUGUAGAGACAAAGGACAGCAACUCCUUGACAUCAGCCUGUCGUUGUUUCAUAGAGGACAUAGAGAGGCUUCCUAGGACAUCGGAAACAGAGAAAAGAGUUCAGUCGUCAACCUUCUGUUUCAGUCUGUUUCAUUUUCUUUAAUUCGGACUCUCUUCAAGUUUAAUUUUUGUAGAAGGAAAAACUAAACCGUGAAAGAAAUAAUCACUGACUUUAAUCUGUGAUCGCUUAUAUUAUAGAUUUACUUCUGGCAAAAUGAUUCUGGGGAAAUUGUCGCAGGAACUAGCUUCAGGACCUUUUCACCAACACUCAUAGCAUUUAAAGAUGAAAGAUUGAAGAAAUUUGGAAUGUACUUGCUCCGAUUUUUACCCGGGCCUCCAAAACUGUAAGUAUUAUGAGAAAGUUCACAUUAUAUAAAGAUCAUAUGUGUAAUAUUUUCGACUCAGAUGUUUUUUUUGUUUGUUUUGUUUUGUUUUCAUUUUUUGGACUUUUCUCAAGUUUCCUAAGUUCAAUACUGCACAUCAGAGACUGCACAUUUAGAUUUUCGUUUUCGGUAGUGUCACGAAACGUGACACUCUUUGUCUUUUCAGUAGUUUUGGGGGACAAAUUGUCACUGGCCUUCACUCAUUUGCUUGUCAUCUAAGUAGACUCCACUAUUGCCAGAUUUUGUUUGGCGAGUGAUUUGGCUCGAAUAUUUAGCUGUACUUGCUAGUUUACUUUAAUGGCAAUAUCGUGAUUGUAUUAAAGCGUGACUAGGAUUUUCAAUUGUUUUGGCACAAGUUCUAUUCAUGUACCUAUUUUCUUUGUACUACUUCGUUAGAUCCAAAUAUGUGUUGAUUUUUCUCUUGACCACAGCAUCAUAACAGACCCACAAAUCGCUGUGAAAUUUAUGGCAAAACAGCAUAAGUAUGAGCGUUUAAAAGACUUCAGAUUGGGAAGUGUGUUUCGCCAGCUGUUUGGUCACGCAGCCGGGACGGCAAGUGGUGAGGUUCAUAAGCGGAUACGGAGUGCAUUUGAUCCGUGUUACAGCACAGAGAGUGUGGCACAGGCAGUGAAUAUGAUGGAACAGGAAUGCAAACAGUAUUUAAAUCAGAUGGUUCAAGAUAAACAGGUAUUAAUUUAAUGAUUCCGGUGCUUCAUAACCCGCCGAGGGAUUACUGCGUUUAAUAUAUGCUGAUGGGUCCGUGCACACUUCGGCCAAUCUAAUUUUUCAUUUUUACAACAAAAACGGAAAAAGGAAAUAUUACUUAUCCUUAUCAUAUUUGCAUAUUUUAAAGUACAGACAAAAAUAGAAAAAAAGAAAAUGGUCAGGAAAAUCGAUUAUUUUUUCAUUUUUCUAAUUUUGAAGUUAAAUUCAAAAAUACGAAAAAUACUGUUAACAGCUAAAAGCGAUAUUUAGCUAUUUUUAUUUUCUUGAUAUUGUUAGAAAAGUGAGAAAAAUAAAAUAAUCUUCGAGUCCUAGAUCAUUUUUCUAUUUUUCCGUUUUUCCCAAAAAAUAGAGAAACAGAGAAAUGAAAAAAUGAUAUUUAUUCGAACCAUUUUUUCAUUUUUUCCAUUUUGUUCAAAAAAUGAAAAAAAUAGAAAAAUGGCAUACCUAUCGCCUAAUUUUCCAUAAUUCCAUUUUAACAGAAAAAAGGAAAAAAAUGUUGCGAAUAAUUUUUCCAUUUUUUCAAUAAAUAGAAACAGGCUCCUGAUAGAAAACAAACAAACAAAAACGGACAAUUUUUCAUCUUUUGUUUUAAUGAAAAAUAGCAAAGAAAAAUGACAAAUCAUGAACAUUUAUAAAUGAAGAAAAAAAAAACCUAAUCCACUUUAGACUCACUAGUUUUGUUAGACGAUUUACACAGGAUCGGCGGAGACGUGGGUUGGGGAGGGCGGGUGGGGGCCCUUUAAUUCUCAGAAUGCCAACGUAGUUUCAUUCACUUUUGGAUUUGAUUAGCUGAUUCCUUUACCUCAUUACUUAGGACUCACUCUAUGACCUGUUCUAACACUGCGUCACGGACCAUAAAGUGUUCCUGUUGCGUUCAAACUGUGGAACGUUUCCCCAUACUUGUCGCAUGGGUUUCCCGACAUUAGCGAUCUUUGCUCUCGUCUUUCCAGGGCUGAGUUGCUUAAAAGGUGGAUAACGCUAUCCGCCUGAUAAAUAACUAUCCAGUAGAUAACGCAAUUGGUUUCCCUAAAAUACAUAAAAAAAUAUCAGGCCGCUGGAUAGUGAUUUAUCCGGUGGAUAGUCGCUAUCCAACGUUUAAACUAAUGUAUGAAUGUAUGAGCAAAUGCAUGGGUCAGAAUAUUAAGAUGUUCUCUCCCGCGAUUGUAUACUAGCUGCUUCGUUAUGUUUCUCCUCCAUAAUAUUAAUUCAUUAUACUUUACUCUUGCAAUCCUAAAACACCCGUUCCGCGGCAAGAUCCGUUAUUUCGGCAGGCUAAGCAGUCUACUUUUGAGCAUUAUUUCAUUUAAAAGCGUCUGACCUCUUCACUGGCGUGCUCUUUACUUAUUUUGUGCAUGUGAAUGUUCAACGACCUUCUUCUCAACUCCUUCCCCUUAAUCUCUCUCACGAACCGCUUUUUUUUUUUGCUGGGACCAUAGUGUUGCUGGCAUGAAAACCGUUGAGUUACCCCCCCCCCCUUUUCCCGUACCAAUUUUCACGCCUUCUCCUCCUCCCUCGUACCCUUUCUAAUAUUCUUCAUUUCCACGGCCAAUACGGUACGGUUUUCCCGCCGCUUUCAUCCACAGUCGACUCCCGACAACUCAAACCUUCAGGGAAAAAGUGAAUGGAACUACGUCCGCAUCUCCAAAACUAAGACCUCCCCCCCCCCGCUCAAAUUCCCCCACAUAUUCCGCCGACCCUCGACCCUGGGUAAAUCUUCUAACCAAAUUAGCGAGUCUCUUCUUCACCGUUAAAAUAGUCAUUAAUUCUCACUUUUCUGCGCCAUUUUUCAAUAAAAUAAAAAGUGAAAAACUGUCUGAAAGGGUGUAUCGUUUUAAAGUUUAUCUAUUUAUUAAAUGAAUGAAAAAAUAGAAAAUUGCUCGAAACACCUGUCAUUUUUUCAUUUUUCUUAUUAAAAUGGAACUAUGGAAAAUUGGGCGAUAGGUAUGCUAUUUUUCUAUUUUUUCAUUUUUUGAACAAAAUGGAAAAAAUGAAAAAAUGGUGCGAAUAAAUAUGAUUUUUUUUCAUUUUUCUGUUUUUGUAUUUUUGGCGAAAAACGAAAAAAUAGAAAAAUGAGUUAGGAAUCGGACAUUAUUUCAUUUUUCUCAUUUUCUAACAAUAGCAAGAAAAUAAAAAAUAGCAAAAUAUCGCUUUUAGCCGUUUGAAGUAUUUUUUGUAUUUUUGGAGCGGACUUCAAAAUUAGAAAAAUUAAAAAAUUAUCAAUUUUCCUGACCAUUUUCUUUUUUUCUAUUUUUGUCUGUUCUUUAAAAUAUGUAAAUAUGACAAGGAUAAGUAAUAUUUCCUGUUUCCGUUUUUGUUGGAAAAAUGAAAAAUUAGAUUGGCCGAAGUGUGCACGGACCCUGAUGGAGUGUGCCACUGGAUGGGGUUGUAUUUACACCAAUGGAUUGACUACAAUGAGGUUGCUUUUAGAGUUUCUAGAAGGUGGUAGCACAUUUUCGGGAUUUUGGUGGAUGAGAACAUCUCCUGGUAAACAGGGGUUUAGAAAUGGAAAGAUUCGCGGUUUAAUAGUUGUUACCGCGAUAAAAGAAAGUGACUUACUUGGGGUUCGAUUAUUCUAAAAAAUUCCUUGAAAACUGCUUUUUCCUAAAAGUGACUAAGAUGGAGUUUACAAUUAGCCAGCGAUACAUAUCCAUCAUGAAUUGACCCAAGUACCCCCACCAUUUAAAGAAAAGCAACUUACUUUGCUGUAUUGCCAGCCCUGUAUGUAGUUUUGUUUACUGAAUCCCCACUUCAAGUUUUGUCUGGUAUUAGCAUCUCUUCAUUUGAGAUCCGGCAAGAAAGAACCAGUCGGUUUUAUUUACGCUCUGAGUGGACCUCUGCAUUCAAGGGUAUUUAUUUUAACGUACUUUCGUCACCGGAUUUCGGUUCGAUGAAAACAACGUUUCCCAAAUGCCAUUACUCAAAAGUCACCCAAUUUCCAGGGUUUGUUCCCGAAUCUCACGCCUUUUUGCUCUAAAAACCCGAAUCCUGACCUUCUAAAGGUUCCAAUUAUCUGGUUCCUUAUUGAAAACCAUUUGAGGUUGGGGGCAUUAGACGGUCACGGUAACAGCAGCAAACGGAGCUUCCGGUUUGUGUUAUUGUUGUUUAAAGCUCUAUUUAACAAAUAAAGCUCAAGUGGAACCACGAGCCGCAGGCGAGUGGUUUCUAUGGUCUAUAAGAGUGUAGACCGUGGAAAAUUGUGGUCGAUUUGUUUUUUACAAUAACAUUUUUUUUUUUCGAAAAGCCAAAAACAAAACAGCCGGCACUGCGUGACAUGUUACGUCAUUUCCAGGUUCUAUAUUUUCAUAAACCAAAGCUCUCGACUAAUCAACGCGCGAGGUUUCGUUCAGUUAUUGUAAAAAGAGUGUUUGUACUCAUCUCUGCAUGAUAUACGUUGCGGGAUUAGAGAGCAUUAGAGAGAUAAAGCAUCACCCAACCUUAACGGGCAUACGCAAGAGGCAGAGAUGGGAAAGAUGACCACAUGACCAUCUUUCCCGCCUUGUUUGCCUUCGCCAUUUGCAGUCAUGUUACAACGUAACAGUAAGCGUUUUUUCACUAAUAAAAAACGGAAGCAAAGACUCUCUUUAUUAUGUCGGCAGUGUAGGGAAAACUUAGGAAAUAACGCACUGCCUCAUACCCUUUUUUCAGAUCAAAAAUCCAAUGGGAUAACCACCAGAUCAACACCCGUUCCCUAGCACCUGUAAAUUGUAAUAUGAAUAAGUCAGCACAUGGUCAGUCUCCUUUUUUUGCCAUCAUGCAACACUCCUCCCCUAAAAAAGAAGACUACCAUCCCGGUGGGGGCGGGCGCACUCUACAAAGUUUUAUGCAGGGAGACUGCGCCCGAGGUUCCACCGGCCUUACCCGUUCAUAUAACAUUUUUGGCACGACUACCACAAAAGUCAGCUUGUGAUAUCCGCGGCUUGUUUCGCCAUUUCAGUGUUUCAUAAGAAUGGCUGAUCUGAUUCAACUGACGUUUAAAAUACUAAUGAAGUUCACAUACGGAAGAGACAUGACUGCAGACGAGCUUCAGGAGUUACUCGAUCUCAGAGCUUUAGUGGAAUCACUUAUCGGAGAUACUUUCUCAAACCCUUUCGUCAAGUUUCCGCUUUAUAAAUACAUGCCUACAAGCACUAACAGCAAACUGGCGCAAUUUGAAAAGCGGUGGAUGCAAUUCAAUAAGCGGUAAGAAGGGUUCAUUUUAUGUUAGGUAACGCAAACAAGAUAGUCAUGACGGAAGCAAAGGAAGAGUAAGAAGUCUACUUCUCCGUUUCCAUUUUGAUUUUGUAGUUAGUUUUUGUACCCUUUUUAUAGCACGGCCUUGACCAUUUCAACCAAUAGGCAAAUGUUUUCGUUGUGAAAAUUUUAAUUUCCUCUUUUCUACUUUCGUUUCUUGACUUAGCUUUGAGGAGCGUUUUGCCGAAGGAAAACUUCGAGACACAAGCUGUGUUUUUUACAAGCUCCAGCAAACUCUUGCAAAAAAUCCGGGGACACUGUCAGAAGAUGAGGUAAUGUUGGGGGCUUAGACGAAAAGUUUUGGGUUGGCUGGUUGACCAAACUUAUCUGUAUAAUAUUAUUUUGUAAUUUCACGUUCGGGUAACGAAAUGCAAGUGGAGUCCAGGAUAACUUUGUAUGAUGUAAUAUCUUUUUCAGUUAGUUCCUAUUCGUUAGUAGUUCUCAAGAACUUUUUAAAAUAUGAAAUACGUGUAAGUGAUGGUUUGGUAUUUCUUUAAAACCCUAAUACAUAUUUAACCAAAGCAGAUCCUAUGACUAUAAUAGUUGAUCCGUUUUGUGAAAAAUUCAGUGCUCCACUGCGCCUCCUACGCUAUAAGUGCGUGUUUUUAGCCUUCCAUAACCAGGCUAGCGAUGGGCUAACUUUUCACGAUUUGUUCUUCCCUUGAGAGAGUCGCUUGAUUCUAGGGUAUAGUAUGAGAAUAGGUCACUGAGAAUACUAAGUUUUAAUUUUAGUUGAGUUUUUACCAAAAAAUGUGAAACUCAACCUGACAACGCCCUUUUAAAAGGGAACUUUUUUGAAGUAGUUUGGCCUUUUAGGACUUAACUAGUUACCUUAUACACAUGUUUCUUUUGAACUUUCUGAGUUGUAGACGUUUCACAUCCAGCGAUUCAAUCACAAUUCCUUUAGGGCGUUAGUUACGUAAAAAAGAAGCACUUCUUGCCGUGAUUCAAAUUUUACUAAAAGACUGUUUUUUGUGUCUAGUUUCAAGAAACCCUGGAGGAAGCUUCCCUUGCUAAUGUAGAUAUCACAUGCGGAGCUGUGGCCUGGCUUCUAUUCCAUGUAGCACUUCAUAAAGAUGUGCAGAAAAAUCUUACAGUUGAAGUCAAGCAUUCCAUUUCACGCGGAGUAUGUAAAUAUUUUAGUGAAUACUUUUUCUUUCGUUGAAGCUGAGUGCAGUAAAAGAAAUAGCGGAAAGUCUGAGGAGUUUUUUUAUUUGUUUGUUUGUCUUCCCUUCGAUAAAGCCAAUACUUUAUAUUUGAAAGACCUGAAGAGCCUUACAAUGUAUUGAAAACAGAGUUCCGAUUCCGCUUAUCACUCCGUCGAUUACGAUUAAUCGGGGAACGAGCUAUCAGCAUCUUUUUACACCCAAAAACCACAGCAACGUUAAAACGGAAGGUGUUUUAAAAAAGUGUCAGAUAUUUCGCGAAUGCUUGCUCAUUUUCUGACCAGCUCAUAACAGGUGGAAAAGUUUUCUUUGUGAUUUUAUAGUUUCAAUUUUUAAAUAAAAAGAAUUUUUGCCUGUGAGCAGGCUUCCUAUCGAAUGAUGAGGGAGGCUAUGAGCCUUUGGCUGAUGCCACGUGAUAAUAAAAUUGAGGACUAGAAUUUUUUUCCGAGAAUGUCCAAAUGUCUACACGUCUUGUUGUGUUUGUUUUCUUAUCCAAGUUUAUUAUCUUUUUAGCUUUCAGAACCGUUAAGCUUAGAGACACUAACUAAACUGGAUUUCCUGGGUAAGGUAGUAAAAGAAUCAGCCAGGAAGAGGCCCGUAAUGGUGAUAAGCACUCCAGAAUAUGUGACUUGUCCAAUGGUUAUUGGGAAUUUCCAAAGUCCCCCAGGGGUAAGUAGUGAUUAGCGUGCAAAAUCAGGGCUCCUGGUUAUUAGGAUAUCUUACGGCCUCCAGAAGCGCGUGAAGAGUACGUGCCUAGCUCCCUGCCUUCCUUAAGUUUUCGAAAGCUGUUUUUAAGGCUUGGUUUCACGUGACUUCAUCUUAGGCAUUCAAAUAAGAAGCUUAAGCAACGAUGAGGGCGACGGCAACGAAGACGGCAAAAAAGCAAUAGGUUUAGAUUGGCAAAACGUGCAUCACGCUUUUGUGUACAUUUCUUUGCCGUCAAUGCACGACUACGACUUGAGACGUUCUUAUUUCACGUUUCACGUUUCACUUUUCCUUUUCCUGAGCUUUAGUGCAAACUUUCAGAAUGCAACUCCGGAAAAAUUUUCUAGUAUUUGAUGAAUUGGGCGAGAUGGAAUAAGGGCGAUUAAGUUUGAAGCAGAGCGAAUUCACUUUUUAGUGACGUUUUCGUAGCCGUCCCCUUCUUUGUUGCUUAAGCUCCCUAAUGUCAUGACGCCGACCGUAUACUCGCUUGACCAACGCACCAGUGAUCAUGGAGACCGCGUUGAAAAAUGGUCAAACAUCUAACAUUUAUCUUGGUUAAGCUCAUAAAUCCGAGAAUAGAUCAUUUGCACGUGACGUUGCGGAGGCCGUAUUUGCGACUUUCACGUUGCCCAUAAUGCACUUUGUUUGCCCUACAACAUUUUGCUUAAGUACUCUUUUCAAUUUCUCUUGGGACUAACAAUCAUUCUUGAAAAAUUAAAAACAAAACCUCUGCCAAAUUUUGUGGGGAAAGCAAAUUGCAAUAUGGGGAACAUAAAAAUCGCAAAUUGAUGUACAAAAACAAUGAAACGGCGGCCAUAUUGGUAUACCUCCCCCCAAAAACAUCGUGUGGGAAUUAAACUCUUUUUUCAGCAAAAAAUUCCUUUUGUUCCAUGAAGUUUGUGUAGCCACUGAUCACAUGAGUGAAAAUGAUCCAUAUCAAAGGAAAAAUCUAUACAGACAGUCAUUUUUGUCUUUCCUCCUACGUUUGUUUAUUCAAUUGUGCAAUUAAUGAACUAAACAACUAAAGAAACAACAAUGAACAACUAAAGAACUCAUGGUCAAUCUCGUAGCCGGAAUUUGGUCAACGGGGCAAGACUCUGGAUACGAGAUUGAUCCAUGGUAGAAACAUGAUCUCUGACGAUCAUCAUUGCCAAAAGUUAACAAGAGUUUUCGAGAUGAUGUAACUGUUUUCAGCUACGUCAAACACUGUUCUCGUUUGUUUUUAGGUCGAAGUAUCUGUUGACAACAGUGCAGUCAAUAGCAACUCAGAAGUCUGGGGCGACACCGAAACUUUCAAUCCCCGAAGAUUUGAUGACGAAACACCGAACAUGCGCAAAAGCUUGUGUCGCUUCGGUAUUGGAACGCGAAGGUGUAUGGGAUACCGGGUUGCAGACACCUUUAUGAAAGUUUUACUGGUUACAUUGCUGGAAAACUACUCCGUUGCCCUGGAGACGGACGUGAGAGGUGAUGAUGACAGUGUACCCGUUCAAAACGUUGGGCCAUUCUGCUUUCCGUGCGUGGACUUCAAAGUUCAAGUUGCGCAGAAAAAUGUUACUUCUUAA